GUACAUUAAACUGCAUUAAAACGUCAAGUGCGUGGGUAGGUUACAAUAUAUACUCCCUCGAAAAUAAAACUUGAUUUUUUUUUUUAAAUAAUUUAAUUUAAUAUCAUCGACAAAUGUUAAUGAUAAAAAAACAUCAUACAUCCGGAAUUUAAGUUAUCAAUGAUAAUACAGUCAACACACAUACACAACAGGCUGAUAAAAAUUUAGAGUAUUUUUAAAGAUAACUAUUUAAAAAAAAAAAAAAAGAGUAAACAUAAUUGUUAUCUUCAAAUUUAAUAUUAUUUUCAACGGAUAUGGCAUCGUUAUCACUGCCAAGAGUUUUACAUCCAAGAAAGACUAGUUUAGAUCUUCAACGUGAACAUUUUGAAAAAUUUCAGAGUAUCAGUAUCAGUAAAGCUGUUAAUCCAAAUGAGACACCGGUCAAGGAAAAACAUGUUCGAAGUGCUAUUAUUGGGACAUAUCAAGAAAAAAGUGGUUCUGUUUUUUGGAUGUUUAUAUUACGUCAACCAUUACAAGAAAAUCGUAUUGUUGCAUGGAAAUUUUGUCAUGUAUUACAUAAAAUAUUACGUGAAGGUCAUCCACGUGUUAUUAUUGAUUCACAAAGACACAAAAAUAAACUUGAAGAUAUUGGAAAAAUGUGGCAACAUUUAAAAGAAGGAUAUGGAAGAUUAAUACAUUUAUAUAUACGUUUAUUAAUAACAAAGUUAGAAUUUCAUAAUCGUAAUCCAGGUUUACCAGGUAAUCUUCAAGUAACAAAUGAUGAACUUGAAAGAAUUGGUGAAAAUGAUAUAAAUAUUUAUUUUCAAAUGUCAGUUGAAAUGUUUGAUUAUAUGGAUGAUAUAUUAAAUUUACAAAAAGCUGUAUUUGGUUCAUUAAAUACAUCAAAAUCAAAUUCAAUGACACCAUGUGGACAAUGUAGAUUAGCACCAUUAAUACCAUGUAUACAAGAUGCAUCACAACUUUAUGAUUAUUGUGUUAAAAUAUUAUUUAAAUUACAUAGUGCAUUACCAGCUGAUACAUUAAUUGGUCAUCGUGAUCGUUUUUUUAAACAAUUUCAAGAGCUUAAAAUUUUUUAUACAACAAUAAAACAUAUGCAAUAUUUUAAACAAUUAAUAACAAUACCAGGAAUGCCAGAAAAACCACCAAAUUUUUUAAUACAAUCAGAAUUAAGAACAUAUGUUACACCAGUUGUUGUAUUACCACAAGAAGAACCAAUUGAUGCUGAUAGUACUGUUGAUAGUCUUAUUGAUACAUCAGAUACAAAUUCAAUUGUAAGUGAACAAUUUGAUGGUCGUAUUGAUAGAGAUAAUAUGUAUCAACAUGAAAUUAUAGCUGCACAAGAAAAUGAAAGACAAAGAGAUGAACUUUUAAUGUUAAAUGAAUCACUUGUACGAGAACAUCAACGUCUUGUUGAUGAGUUAAAGCAUCAUAUUAAACAAUUUGAUUCACAAAUAACAUUGAAGGAUCAAGAAAUUGAUAGACAAAAACAAUUAAAUGAUGGCCUGGGUCAACAAAAUGCUGAUUUAAUAUUGAAACUUCGUGAUUAUGAAGAUAAAAAUCGACAAGUUGAUGAAAAAUUUAAAAAAUUAAAAGAAGUUUAUGCAAAAUUACGUGAGGAACAUAUUACUUUAAUUAGAAAGAAAGCAGAAAUUGAAAAGCUAUAUGGAAUAACAAAAUUAAAUCAUGAACAAUUAGAAAGACGUAAUCAAGAAAUUGAACAACGUCAUAAUGAAUUACUUCAGGGUCAAGCAACUGCUGAACAAGAAGUACAACGUGUAUCACAAGCACGUUUAGAACUUGAUACUGUUAGAAAAGAUUUUGAUAAAGUUAAUAAUGAAAAUUUAGGAUUAAUUGCUAAAAUUGAUUUUAUAAAUCAAUUAAAAUCAGUUGCUGAAGGUGAUUUACAUGAUAUACUUGCACAAAAAGAAGAACUUGAUUUACGAAUAAUUGAAAUACAAAAAGAACUUGAACGUACACGUAUACAAACAAAAGCUGAUUUUGAUUCUACAUAUUAUGAGUUAAUAAUAACUUGUAUGACAUCAAGUGAAUCAAUAAUAAAAAAUGCUAAAAAUGUCAUUGAAAAUCCAGCAAUGUCAGCGCUAACAUGUACACCAGAUUAUUUAGAAAGUUUAGUUGCUCCAAGUCUUCAAUCACUUGAAGAUUUACUUCAUGAUUUUAAAUCAUAUAAAAAUGAUACAAAACAUGCUAAACAACUUGUACGUUCUGUAAUAAGUGUUGCUUAUAAUCUUUCAAUAUAUCUUAUACAUGCAAAAUCAACAUCAAAUAUAUCAACUGAUAUAUCAUUGGGUGAUAAACUUGGUGAAGAAUGUAAACAUUUAGCAACAGAAAUACUUAAAAUGUUGUUAAAUAUUAAAGAAAAAUCUGAUGAUACAAUUGAACAAAUAUCUGCUGUUAAAACACAAUUAAAUGCAAUAUCAUCAAUGUCAAAUUCAUUAUCAAAAGCACGUGGUAAUGUUGAUGAACUUGGUGAUCUUGUUGAAAAUGAAUUACAAACAAUGGAUAAAGCAAUUGAAGAAGCAGCAAAUCGUAUACAACAAAUGCUUGCAAAAUCAAAAGCCGAUGAUUCAGGUUUAAAACUUGAAGUUAAUGGUAAAAUAUUAGAUUCAUGUACUGAACUAAUGAAAUGUAUUAGAAAAUUAGUUAAAAAAUCACGUUUAUUACAAGUUGAAAUUGUUGAACAAGGUAAAUUUACAGCAUCAGCAACUGAAUUUUAUAAAAGAAAUCAUCAAUGGUCUGAAGGUUUAAUAUCAGCAGCAAAAGCAAUUGCAAUGGGAGCAAAUUUUUUAUUAGAAGCUGCUGAUAAAGUUGUAUCAGGUAAUGGAAAAUUUGAACAAUUAAUGGUUGCAUCACAAGGUAUUGCUGCAUCAACAGCACAAUUAGUUGUUGCAAGUAGAGUUAAAGCUGAUCGUAAUAGUAAUAAUUUAGCAAAAUUAUCAGAAGCAUCAAGAGAAGUUACACAAGCUGUUGGAAGUGUUGUUGCAAUUGCUAAAAGUUGUAGUCAACUUAUUGAAGAAAAUGAUGAUUUAGAUGUAUCAGGUUUAACUCUUCAUCAAGCCAAAAGACUUGAAAUGGAAGCACAAGUACGUGUUCUUGAAUUAGAGCAAGCAUUGGAAACUGAAAGAUUGAGACUAGCUGCUUUACGUCGUCAUCAUUAUCAAAUGGCUGGUGAAGAAUAAUGAAUGGGAGCAUUCAAGGGGAUUACGUCAGUAAAUAUUUACGAAAACUAACAUCAUUAUGCUAAUGGAUGGAAAAAUAUUAUUAAUUUUGCUAACACAUAAGGGAGUGUUCGAAAUUAAUAACUUGCGUAUCUUGUACAUGCCUUAAAGCACAAUCAAAAGCACUCCGAUUCAAACUAAAUCCAUGAAAAAAAAACCAAAAAAAAAAAAACAUUUAAAAA